UUUCUCUUGAGGCCCGUUGUUGGGUGAAAUUAGUAAGGAGGGAAAUAGGCCAGUGACCCAUCUCAGAAUUCCUGCCUGCCUGAUUUGUGCGCGCGCCUAUUACCAAGACCAGCCAGCGGAUUAUAGUUUAAAAUUUACGUUAAUAAAACCUCUGGGAGAAAAGCAUAUUUUCAUUCUCUCCCUUAAUGCCUCCUCCCGUGUUGAUCCACCAACUCAAUCCCUAAUAAAUAUGUCAAUAAAGUCACCCAUCAGCGCGUAAUGCGCCGCUUAUCAGCCGUGGCCAUCAAGGUGGUGAUGCGGCACACUCGACAGAAAGGGAAAAAUUUGUUUGAAAUAAAUAGUGUUGAUCCAUCUGGAAUGGACCGAGAUAAGAGGUGCCAGUGUUAACGAACACGUUUCCGCUACACCUCAUCCGAGUCUUCCUUUUCCAAACACAGUCUAUUUAAUGUCCCGGCCUGUUUUUCCAUGGAGCGUACGCACCGAGGGCACCGUGGGGAGAUGAAGCCAAAUUAACUGGCCGAGUUGGGGAGCGGGGAACGGGACACCUGCUUUGGAAAAGAGACUCCAGACACUAAAGUUCGCUGACUUCAUUGCAAUUUAUUCGUCCUCAAAAACACUUGCUUGCGACAUGGAAAAGAGACUCGCCUUUCCUUUUUGGCAUUUGACAGAAAGACAUAGGAAAAUCAUAAGACUUCUCAUUAAGCACGUCGGAAUCCUGCUUAUGUAACGGAUAGUUCGUUUUAUUAUAGCAGGCAUAAUGGACUUUAAAAAGUGGACUGGAACUUUGCAUCUAAGGGUUUAAAAACAACAGCUGUAGCUCCAUAAAAAUAGGUGCAAUUUAUAUUGGAUUAAAGAUAGCCCAGUCACACCUGAUGAGUAAUGUUUCGUUUCAUUAACAUUAGGACUACAUAAUGCAAAUACUACUACUAAUAAUAAUAAUACUACGACUACUACUACUACUACUAAUAAUAAUAAUUUACACUUAGGCUAUGUUUAAAACUCCUCUAAAAAUAGAAAUUCAGGGGACAUAGGCUACAUGUAGCCUAUAUAGGCCUACACAUUGACGCUAACCACAUUCCUGAUUCCUAUGAAAUCGUAUUAUGAGUGCUGUCAGUGCAUGUAAAAGUAGCAUAAGCCACAAUACGGAGUAGCCUAUAAUGUGGUAGUCCAUUAUCCGUUAAUGUUGCAGAGUGACGGUCAUGGAUGUUCUGCCUCCACAAAAUAUUAUACAUAACGAGGAGCCUGUUGAAAAAUGUUUUAACACACGACUCAAUAAACCAUUAGAAAUCGUGUAUCAAAAUAACAACUAGGGGCUAAUUCUAUUCACACAUUUUGUGUACAUAUAUUUAUAUAUUUAAUUUAGGGAGGAAGUUUAUAAUUAUUAUUAUUAUGAACACAUACGGAACAAGGGCUAACGACAGAAUAUUUUACAGAACACCGGUUCAAAUAUCUACUACAAACAUGCGUGAAAAUUGUACACUGAAAUAUAGGCUAUAAAUCACAAAUAUUUCGAAGUGGAUAACAUGUCUAUUCAAUUGAUUAGGUGCUGAUUAGUUGUUACAGGUGUCUCGAGUUACAAUAUGCAGAGGGAGAAAGUAAGGCUAAGAAUUCCAAAGGGCAUAGUCAAAUCUUUGCAAACUAAACGCCUAUAGGCUACUUGCCUGAAUAUCAAAUAUGAAACAUGAAAUGUGAGGAUUAUAAUUUAUCAUCUAAAUGGAUCAUUGCAAUGCAUAUAACGACACAGACUGAUAUUUGCUUAGUUAUAAAUAUAGUAUUAAUAUGCAGUGAAAAAGAGAGAUGGAAUUUUGUUGAAAUUAGUCUCACUCUGUGACCUGUGAAUGAAAUAAAAGUUAGGCCUAACACAAACUCGUAUUUGAGAUGGCUCCAGCCCGUGUUAUCAGUAACCUAAUAAUCACAUACGGUUUGACAUUCCAUGAUAUAAUGUAGUCAAACCUUAGCAUAUUGCUCUGUGGUCGGUAAAUCAAACGAUGGUAGUGAUAUAUCUACACCAUGCCCCCGCGCCCAAUGCCAUGUUAAACCCCUGGCCUCAAGAGACGCACUUAUCCAAUAAAGAAUAGCCUUAUAAAUGACACGCCAAAGUUAAUAUCUUAUCGUUAUUACAAGGAUAAUGAUGCACAAAACAGCCAUACAAACUCAAUAAGCCCAAUUGAGAUAUGACAAUGGAAUCUCUUAUUGAAUGGCAAACUUGGGGAAAAAAUCUAAAUGAAUAGUUGUUACGUAAAAUGAGUGAGGAAUGUGGGUUUUAAUGGAUAGCGUUUUACAUUAGUUCAAAUGACAUAAACACGUAUUCGUGACAUAUAAAAUCUUAAUUUAGUGUCUUAAAAUAUAAACUAUUAUCAUAUGUGCACAACAAUAUGUGCAUAACAUGAAUGUUUAUGCAAAACAUUAUUGACAGAAUCACAAAACGAUAAGCUUCUUCAAAAUUAUAUUUUCUUACAUAUUCACUCACUGAUUUGUAAAGAAAGUGAUAAGUAAGAGGGUUUUUUUGCCUGUCGAAGUUCCAUUCCUCGGUCAAGUUUAGUGCAUUGUACUCCUCCCGGACCCGAUGGACAGUUCUUAUUGGUAGGUGCGAACCGUUACAUCACCAAGCUUAUGACGCGCCGUCUUCCUGUUUCCUUCAGCUGUGUCUUAAAGUGAAUCUUGUUGGUGGAGGAGAGCUCGAGCAUCAAAGCUCUGCAUCGCGUGCGCCUCGGAGACACACGCUCACACAAGCUGCUACGACAUCACCACCACAGUCUUUCAGUCUCGAGAGGAGAGGAUAGAGGAGAGCGGCGGAAAAUAGCUCUUUUAUAUAUUUGUUCUAUUCCACGCGCACGCUUAAUACUUACUUUACUCCUGCUCUUCCUUCCCUGAGUAAUUAUAAUAUUCAACGUCUCUCGGGGGAAGACUCCGUAUUCUCUUUCAGCGGUUAAAGGAGCUCGCUUUUCUCUUCAUCUGCGGGGUGUCAUUCAGCAGCGGUCCUAGAGGAGUGGCUUUGUGGGAUAUGGUCCAAUAGCAGCAGCGGUCCUAGAGGAGUGGCUUUGUGGGAUAUGGCCCAAUAGCAGCAGCCCGUGAUGCCGGACCAUGACAGCGACUCCCUCCUGAGCAGACAGACCAAGAGAAGACGAGUGGACAUCGGUGUGAAGAGGACCGUGGGCAGCAACGCCACCAACACAGCAGCAGCUACAACCAGCACCGACAUCGCCUGCGCCAAAGCAGCCAUCUUCAGUGCCAUGAACUCUCUCAACUCCCACCACCACGGCUCCGACGCAGACUCCAUGGACUGUUCCAUGGUGCAGCCACACGGCCCCACUGGGGUCGUCACAGCAACCGAUAACGACUCCAAGUCCAACGUGCUCCGGAAGCUCCUAAAGAGAGCCAACUCGUACGAAGACGCCAUGAUGCCCUUCCCUGGUGCCACCAUCAUCUCCCAGCUCCUCAAGAGCAACAUGGCCAAGAAUGGAGGAGAGAGAGGGGAGAGAGGAGAGAGAGGGGAGAGGGGGGAGAGAGGGGAGAGGGGGGAGAGAGGAGAGAGAAGAGACGGGGGAUUCCCCGGGUCGGGCCUCUCCAGUGGGGGUUCCGAAGCCCCCCAGGAGGACGCCUGCAGUAACUCGUCUCAGGACAGCCCCCAAGAGUGCCUGUCCCCCUUCGGCCGCCCUUCGGCUCUGGGCGCCUUCGACCUGGAGCGCCUCAACGAUGAGCACCUCCGGGCCAAGCGCGCCCGCGUGGAGAACAUCAUCCGGGGCAUGAGCCACUCGCCCAGCGUGUUGGUGCCCGCACGCCACCUCGGAGAGCGGGACCGUGAACGGGAACAACGUGAACGGGAGAGGGAGCGAGAGAUGGACGGGGACAGGGAGAUGGAGAUGGACUGCCCCCCACAGCCGCCUAGCCCCAGGGGAGAGGUGUGCAGCAGAGAGAACAAGAGGAAGCAGCGCCUUCCCCAGCAGCAGCAACAGAGCUUCACCCAGCUGGUGUGCCAGCGUAAAGAGCAGAAGCAAGAGGAGCGCAGGCAGCUGAAGCUGCAGCUGGAAGACAUGCAGAAGCAGCUGCGCCAGCUGCAGGAGAAGUUCUUCCAGAUCUAUGAUUCCACUGACGACUCUGAGCACGACCUGGCUCACGACCUGGGCAACAUGUCUGAGGACAGCGCCGGGAGGUCCGAUGCCGGCGGAGAUGACCGAGCAGACCGCUCUGACAACGAGAUGUCAGACCUGGACCCAGGACACUUCCUGGACCGGGCCAGGGCAUUGCUCCAGGAGCAGGCCCUGCUGGCGGAGGGGGACAAGCCCAGGAGAGAGGGGCUGGUCCGGGGGAAAGGUCCUGGUCAGGGUCCCUCCUCCUCCAUGCACCAUGCGGAGGGCAAGCAGCUGGCUGAGACGCUGAAACAGGAGCUCAACUCAGCCAUGAACCAGGUUGUGGACACAGUGGUCAAGGUGUUCGCCAAGCCCCCGCGCCCCGCACCCCCCCAGGUCUUCUCGCCCCUCCCCAUGCCCCCAGAGAGGUUUGGGGUCAACGGUGAGGGCCCUAACUUCCACACAGCUAACCAGCGCCUGCAGUGCUUUGGUGACGUCAUCAUUCCCAACCCCCUGGACUCGUUUGGUGGCAUGCCCAUGCCUGGCGCCAACGACCAGACAGAGGCACUGCCCCUAGUGGUGAGGAAGACUCCGUCAGAGCACCAUCACCAGUCCUCAGCUGUGGGCGCCCACGGGGGCCACCACCACCCCUCCCUGCACCCCUCCUCCCUCUCUGCCUCCAUGGGCUUCAGCCCCCCUUCUUUCCGCCACCCCUUCCCCCUGCCUCUCAUGGGCUACCCCUUCCCAAGCCCCCUGGGCCCACCCUCUGGGGGAUACCCAGGGAAGGACCACUCCACCCCAGACUCCAUGGACCUGUCCAGGGAAACCACCAGCCUGCGGACCAAGAUGUCUUCGGGGCACCACAUGGGGCACCACCACCGGUCGCUAUCUCCCACCCACCCCGGGAGCACCGCAGAGGGGCUCUCCCUGUCCCUCAUCAAGUCAGAGUGUGGAGACAUGAGCGACAUGAACGACAUCUCACCAUACUCAGGCAGCACUAUCCAGGAGGGUCUCUCCCCCAACCACCUGAAGAAGGCCAAGCUCAUGUUCUUCUACGCUCGUUACCCCAGCUCCAACAUGCUCAAGAUGUUCUUCUCCGACGUCAAGUUUAACCGCUGCAUCACGUCCCAGCUCAUCAAGUGGUUCAGUAACUUCCGGGAGUUCUACUACAUCCAGAUGGAGAAGUUUGCCCGGCAGGCCAUCAACGACGGUGUCACCGGGGUCGAGGAGAUGAGCGUCAGCCGCGACUGCGAGCUCUACCGAGCCCUCAACAUGCACUACAACAAGGCCAACGACUUUGAGGUUCCAGAGCGGUUCCUGGAGGUUGCUCAGAUCACGCUGCGCGAGUUCUUCAAUGCCAUCGUGGCGGGCAAAGACGUGGACCCAUCCUGGAAGAAAGCCAUCUACAAGGUGAUCUGCAAGCUGGACAGCGAGGUGCCCGAGGUCUUCAAGUCGCCCAACUGUCUCCAGGAGCUUCUACACGAGUAACCAUUCAUGCCCUGCCUCCGCCUCUGCCCCCGCCCGACGCUUUGUGCUUUUUAAGAUUUUCAUAGGAUUUUAUUUUUCUUUCUUUCCCUAUUCUAUUUCCUGUUUUUUUUCAUGUAUGAAGUAUGAAGUAGCAUUCCUCCCCAUUUGAAGCCUACUGGGCUGUUCCUAUAUGAUCUAACUAUUGUGUUGUUGUUAUUAUUCCCAUGAUUAGGAGUAUUAUUUGUUUUUUAAAUGAUUCUGCUGAUCUGAAGAGACGUUGAUCCUAUUGGGUGUUUUGGACUGUGUGAACCCUGAUCUAUCUGCCCUGAUUGACUAGAAACACUAAGGACGGAUCCCCACUAUGCGCAGGGAGGGGCUCCCCACUAGCCUGUACCCUGCCUACUCUAAGGAGGACCCUACAAUGCUAGUGCGGUCACCAAUAGACUUUGGCCACUACACUAUGUGACUGGGUUCCUCAAUAGGCUCACCCCACUGUGCAAGGUUGCUCCCUAAUUGGCGGUGCCCUCUACUAUGGCUGUCCCAGGGAGGACAACACACUACACCAUGCUGCCUGCAGCCUAGUGACUUUAUUAACUACUGGACUAUACUGGACUACUAGUACUGGUCUGUACUGGUAGACUGGAUCUGGACUGGUAUCAGCCACCUACUGAGCUCUACCAUGAUGUUUUGAAGUGUGUUUUCUGCGAGUAGGGCAUUGUGUUUAUUGGGUGUAUUUUAUUAUUCCUGUUGUUAUUAUUAUUAUUUGUCAUCAUUGCUUGCUAAAGAUUGGCACAGAUUUGUUUGUCCCUUGACAACAUUACAGAAAAUACAUUAUUAUUAAAAUUCCUAAAGAGUAUAAAUUCUCUACAUAUAAUUACUUUGCUCUGAGCAAUUUAGGCACAAGCCUCUUUCUCUUUCUCAUUUUCAUAUCCCUCAUCCCCCCCUCUGUCUGUUUGUGUGGGUCCAAGUUGUGUUUGAUCUUCUGCUGAUAAGGCAGACACUGGGGGAGGGAGUAGGCCUCAGUCUUGGGGCUCAAGUAAAAACACAAGGGGAACAUGAGUCUCAAUCCUAGGCUUUACACAAAUAGAAAACAAUGCUGUAAAAUUGAAGAGGUGUUGGUUUGGAAGAGCACAUGGUGCAACCAGUGGCAGUGCACAAAUGCAAAGGUGUGUGUGGGCAGCGACACACACACACACACACACACACACACACACACACACACGCACGAAUGCACACCACACACACACAAUCACCCACAAAUAUACACACGCGCACAGAGAAACACACACACAGAAACACGCAGCGUGUGACCUUUUGGCGCUGAUGAGUGCAUUAAGACAGACCGGUUACUGUCUGAGUUUAUGACUUGUCAUUGCUUCAAGGCCGAAUUUCCACAUCGACUCCAGCAUUUAAAUAGCAACAGAGCACAUGUUAGCCCCUCACAUUUACGGGCCAUUCAUUCAGGAUUACAUCAUUCAUUCAUACAUACUACACAGUUUGUGAGACAUGGUAUGUGUGGAUCAAAGUGAAGGCGGUAAUACUUUAUUUUACAGUCCAAUGAGGAGCAGAAGCUACUUACUGCUACUUCAUUUCUAAAAAAUGAAAGAGAUGUGGUUAUGACCAGGGAUCAAAUGGUAUACAGUGGUGCAUACAUCCCAGAGAAACUAAAGUAUAAUUAUUAGGUCAUUAUUCUGUUGUUACCAUUAACAGUACCAGGUACUUUAAUACCAAGUAAACAUAGGACUUUAAUAAAAGGACUGUAAAAUAAAGUGUAACUGGGAAGGCCCCAGUUUUCUCUGUGAUAAUGGCUUUUUGAAAUGCAAUUUCUCUCAGCAACAUAAAUAGUAAAACUCUUUCAUUCUGUGAUGAAGCUAAUGACAAGGUUAACUAAGAGAAAAAAUAUGAAGCUACUUUCCAAGCAAAUGAAAAGUUUAUAUAAUAUUUUACUACAAAAGCACUGUACUAAUCUUUGAUGGAUUUGUAUUUAAAAACAGUUAAACGAAUAGAUAGCUAGGUAAAUAAACAAAUGGCUAGCUAAAUAUUAGAAGGAGAGAGGACCAUGUCAGCUGACCAGAAUAAACGGAUUCUAGCUAUAGCCUAAAUCUGUGGCCUAGAGUCUGACCUUGUCAGCUCACAAGGUCAGGAAAAAACCAAGAGAAAAGACACACACAGAUGUUCAUUAAUAGUAAUUGUAUGGACACAGACGCCUUUUCCCUCCUAUGUCUUCUUCUCUUCUCUUCUCUUCUCUUCUUCUCUGCAAUAUUCACCUGGCUCAGUGCUAGCUGCUCCUUUCUCCCUAAACAAUGUAAGGUCAGAGGUCACCACUCAGCCUAGAGGGAAAUGAACCUCUCAGAACCAUAAAGACAGAGACAAAGGGCUCUAUUCAAUCCGUCUGUGGAAAUUCAGCAUUACAGCGUGAUUGAAAUUUAUAGGCAAUGUUCCCGCGCUGCAGAUAUCGGCUCAAUAGGAAAUUACCUUAAAAUGUCUAUCUCGCAAUCUGUAACGCUUUAGCAAAACAGAUUCAAUAGAGCCCAAAGACCCUAAACGUGGAACAAAACCCACAUGAGCCUCUCAAUUCCAAACAGGCGCUUCUACAGAUUGUCUACUUCCAGAUUCUGGCAAUGAUACAGUAUAAUUCCAUUAGAGUCCCUAUGCACAGUUUAUUCAGUUAUUGAUACAUUAAUAUAUAAACACCAUUCCUUGAUUCAUACCAGUGAAAUACGUUGACGUUCAAGAUUUUCCGUUUUGUUUUGAUAAAAUUUUUUAAUCUAGUUGAAUCCUGUUAUCUUGUUUUGCUUGAAACUGCCUGCUCUGAAUUUGCUACUAAUAGAAUAUAGCAAAUAGUAGUUACUUGUCCUUUGAAGUACAUUCUAAGCACUGAAAGAUCACGUAGGCUACUGUGUGUGUGUGUAUGUGUGGGCGUGUGUGUGUGUGUGUGUGUGUGUGCGUGUAUGUGUGGGCGUGUGUGUGUGUGUGUGUAUGUGUGGGCGUGUGUGUGUAUGUGUGCGUGUGUGUGUGCUAUGUGUGUGUGCUUGCUGGUCAUCGCCCCGACCUCAGCCACGUCGGCUUUGGUUUGGUGUGUCACAAAAGAUGAAAAGGGGCAGGUUAACCUGCUGACUUGUAAAGGCAGCACAAAGCGCCUGACAAAAGGAGGAGAGAAAGGCGGAGAGCUACUCCCUUCAUUAUGUUCACCCCCAGACACUGUUCUUCUUAAGAUCCAAGUCCUGAGAGCGGGGAUGAUGGGUUUGUCUGUGUUUCAAAGCACCAGCCAACGGCUUAAAAGAACCUGUAACUCAAAACAAAGGAUAGGAAGGACACUUUUAUCUGAUACACAGAUUAAUAUCCCCACCCCCCAUCCCCUCUCCCUUCCCCCCUACAACCCCACCCUAAGAAGGAGUUCCUGUGCAUUGUGCAGCUGAACAGAUUAUUCCUGACUCUUAUUUCUAAACAGAUUACUGCUGGUUAAUAACGACUCUUAUUUAACUGGAUUAUAAGGAUCUUUGUUUGGGUUUUUCUUUUUGGUUUGUUUGGUUUCUAUUGACAUCGAACUGAAUAUAAUUUCUUAUAUAUUUUUUUGAAUUGUAAAAUACACAUUUAUUUAAAAAAAGCUAAUAUAGGAGUGAACUUUUGGGAAGGAUCUCUGUCAGGAAUUGUGUCAUGAAGCAUGAUGUUUUGAGGGUAUUUUUAGUGAUUUCUUACUUUUUUCGAUCUGUUACAGAAAAAAGCGAUUAGUUGGUCUCUUAAAAGUAGAAAACAAGCAAUAGAAGUAGUUUUUGCGGGUUUUGUGAAGACUUUUCAUUUGAUUUAUUUGCAUUUUGUAUUGGGUGUGUUUUGGAGAUAAAAACAGACUUGUGUUUUUGAAUCAUUUUUGGGCGGCAUGAAAUGUGAUGCUGUAACUGUACAUGUUGAAGAAGGGAACGAUCGCUCCCGAGUCUAACAUGGCUUGGAAGGGGAGAGAGGGAGAGAGGGAGAGAGGGAGAGAGGGAGAGAGGGAGAGAGGGAGAGAGGGAGAGAGGGAGAGAGGGAUGAGGGAUGAGAAAUGGAGUGACAGAGAGAGCGAGUGAGAUAUGACAUGGACUCUCACUGCCUGCUCUCCAACCUGUCUUCCCCAAAGAAUGCCCCGCCAUGCCCUAAAGGGAAUGUAUGUUCCCCUCUGUGGGCGAUGCCCUUCAAACUGAGUCAGCAUCCCUUUUCUGCUGACAGAUCAUGGCGUAGUCGUCCCUUUAUUAUGAUGUCAUAGUUCCCUGUUGGCAGUGGAUCCAGACUGGCCCACACAAGGGCGUUGGUGUCUCCCUCUUUACGAACCAAGAGAGACUUUAGUGAGAGGAAAACUGGAACUUACUGUCCCCAUAGACUACUUGUGUAGGAGUGGAGCGGAAAACACUACUGUAAACAUACUGUAUAGCAGUUAGUUACCCAACAUUCUGCAUCAUGUCUUUGGGAUAGAAUAGAACUGGUCUAAAUACUGGGGGUAUACAGAUUUAAGAAGAGUUUUAAUCUUUGUGGAAAAGGGCUAAGAUAAUGUUGAGGUUCCGUGCGCAGUUGCUGUGACUGAGUAUGUGUGUGUUUUUGUGUGCGUGUGCAUGUGCGCAUGCAUGCGUGUGUGUGUGUUUGUGUGUGAGAAUGAGAACCUGUGAACCAGUGAGUGACACAAUUCUCAACACGGAGGCCUCUCCCCCACCCCUGAGAGUACCAUCCCAAAAUGUAAAUGAUUCUCAUUAACGGAUGGGCGAUGUGUGUGUGUGUGUUUGCGAAGUAAAUUUCCAUUUGUUUUAUGACCUGUUUAAAGGGGGUCUGUUUCUCAAUGGUUUCACUAGUAGUUUUUUGGGGGCUCUUCUUUUGUAAAUAUCAUUGACGUGGAAUUUAAAGUGAUAAAUACUGCCUUUGUAUUAUUUAGCAAUAUGUUGUAUAUACCGUUUUGUUUAUGCUUUUUGUAUAACAUUAUUAUUCAGAUCUAGUGCAGUAAUUCCAUCUGAAAUUGCCAUGGCUCAUAUAUACAGUGUAAUUUGUUACAUACAGAGUUUAGUAAGUUAUAGAAAAAAUAAAACUCAAAUAUGGCUGAUUUUAGCUUUUUUUGUUGUUGUUGGUGUCUAUUUGUCUUGCAGAUUUUAUGUAAUUUAUUGGUUUAAUUUAUCCUAAUUUAUUCAAUGUUGUAUUUUUUUUCAACCAAUGAAGGCUGUACUGUAUUUUAUCAUGAAGUAGAACCAAUCCAAUUAAACAUUAGGCCUACUUAGAAAAAAAAAGAUUUUAUAAAGGAUACUUAAGAGCACUCAAUCAAUUCUCAGAAAUUGUUUCAUGGGGAUUUUGGCAGCUAAAUUGAACUGGAAAAUGUUAUAAAAGGUACUUUUUGUUUGGGGAGAGGUAGAGGACAUUAAAGAAAAAAAAUACUAGUAUAUAUAUUUUUUCUCUCCAGGCUUUUCCCCCUCUACUGCUUUGGCCCUCCCCAAAGACAGUAGUUGAAUUGCCUUUCGUGCCUUCAUCCUCUAUGAACUGAAUGUAUGUGCAGUCUAUAUGCAAGCUUGUGCAAAAUUAUGAAACAUUUAAAUAAAAAUGAAAUAAUACAAUUACAGAA